UCGUACCAGAAAGAAGUCACCUGCUACCGUAUUCUGGAAAAGGAUUCGUUUAUCCCCCUACCGUGUCUUUGGGUCCAUCCUCGUGCACUGUCGUAGUGUUGCUUGGCGCCCUGGGUGAGUGACACUCAGCCUCAGGUCUUGUACUUGUCUACCUCAAAGUUUUACCUGACAGCUUCUCUCCUCAGACCAAAGAGAACCCAAACUGUGGAAAAUCACCACUAAACCCAUCAAGAUGGCAACUAACAAAGGAUGUGCUCAGAAAGCCAAAACGAAAGGCCAUAUUACCGCCUCGAGCCACCCUCACGGAAACGACAUGAACGAAUCCGUGACUGAAGAUGCAAUGGUGGGAAGGAAAAGAAUCGCCUCUGAAGAAGAAGAUAAUAUCACCGAAGGAGGGAAUGUGACGAAGAUGCUGGACAGAUUUGGAGCCGACAUAACCAAGGCGUUCCAGGCCAAGCGGAAACGCUUGGAGACCUUCACUAAGGCUUCCGUGAAAACCAGCAAUCAUAAGAUAGAGCAGCUCUGGAAGACUCAACAGAAAGACAGGAGUGAGGUGACAGAGGCGUACUCCACCCAAUUCAAUGCAGUCUUCACCCAGUGGGACACCGAUGUACAGAAGUCUAAGGAGCAGGAGGAGAAACUUCUGAGCAUGUUCCAGCACCAGCAGAAGAUGUUUCAACACAUGAAGGCUUCACAGAGUCAGAGGCUGAAGACCCUCAAACAGCUCCUAGAGCAGUACAUCCAGAGCCUGGAAGCGAUGGAGAAGAACCACACCAGCCAGCUGACUGCCGUUCAGGGAGAUCUACGCCAAGAGAUGGCCUUGUUCCAGAAGAAGAUUCUCAUGGAUACUCAACAGCAAGAGAUGGCCACAGUUCGUAAGUCUCUCCAGUCUCUGCUGAUGUAGAAUGUCAGGGUGCAGGAAGCUGAGGAGAAGUUGUCCUACCUGAGAGCCUUUUGGGCGGUGAUGGUUCACCAGUGUCGCUACAGCUAACAGCUCAUGAGGAACGGCAGCAGGUUCCUUUAUGCAGUGAAGAUACAGCUUGUUCUGUUGGUUUGUUGACCGGUUAGUGUUUUACUGAGUGUACACCUUUUAGAUGGCUGUGUUUACUUUGUCAUUUAAGCCUGUUAGUUUACUUCAUUGAAGCCAUUUUGGGAUGUGGAUGGGAUUUCAAAAAAACAUGUAUAUAUUGUUACCAGUAAGAGUUAUAUAAUAAAGAUAAUACAUGUAAUUGCAUGUGUGCACAGCACUAGUGUUUACAUUAAGAAAUUAAUAAAAUUU